CCUCAGCUGCAGUAUUUACAUUCUGACACACACUUCCAGUUCCACACAGCUGUCUCUCAGAUCGACUGUGCUCCUGUCGCGGUGUCAGGGCGCGAUGAUUUACCACAAACGUCCCGAUAGAGUGACAUUUAGGAGAUUUAUCGCGAUUCGGACCGAAGAAUCUGCUGUGUGACUUUGGUGUUUCGGUCUUCAGUUCCUGUGAGAGGAUGCGCGAGCGAGAGAUGGCCGGGAACGUCCGGCUCUGGACCCCGAAGCAGGUGGGCCGCUGGCUGCGUGACGAGGGCUUCUGCGAUUACGUGGAUCUGCUGUGUAACAAACACCGUCUGGACGGGACCAGCCUGCUGACGCUGAGCGAGUACGACCUGCGCUCUCCUCCGCUGGAGCUCAAGGUCCUGGGAGACAUCAAACGGCUGAUGGUGUCCCUCCGAAAGCUGCAGAAGCAGAACGCUGAUGUGUUAGAGGAGCUCGGGCUGUCCUACGACGGACACUCGCCUCAGAACAGCACAGCUGGAGUGGACUGGCUGUGUAACGGUGAAUCUGUGCGUGAUUGCGAUGCCGUGUUGGACACAUUGAGCGAUGAUCAGUAUCAUCAAUAUAACAACGGCAAAUACAAGCAGCAGCCGAGGAGACUGGACCCUGAGUACUGGAAGACCAUCAUCAGCUCCGUCUAUGUGGUCUUCGUCUUCGGCUUCACCUCCUUCGUUAUGGUGAUCGUCCACGAGCGAGUACCAGACAUGAGAACGUACCCGCCGCUGCCGGACAUCUUCCUGGACAGUGUACCCAGAAUCCCCUGGGCGUUUGCGAUGGCUGAGGCCUGUGGCGUGAUCCUCUGUUCUGUUUGGCUGCUAGUUCUGCUGCUUCAUAAACACAGGUCCAUCCUGUUGAGGCGCUUGUGUAGUCUCAUGGGGACGGUCUUCAUGCUGCGCUGCAUCACUAUGUUUGUGACGUCUCUCUCUGUCCCGGGGCAACACCUGCAGUGCACUGGGAAGAUGUACGGAGACAUAUGGGCGAAGCUGCAGCGUGCCGUGGCCAUAUGGAGCGGUUUUGGCAUGACGCUGACCGGAGUGCAGACGUGUGGAGAUUACAUGUUCAGCGGACACACCGUCGUCAUCACCAUGCUCAACUUCUUCGUCACUGAGUACACGCCGCGCAGCUGGAACUCCAUCCACACGCUCUCCUGGGUCCUCAACCUGUUCGGCAUCUUCUUCAUCCUGGCAGCGCACGAGCACUACUCCAUCGACGUCUUCAUCGCCUUCUACAUCACCACCAGACUCUUCCUGUACUACCACACGCUGGCCAACACUCGAGCUUACCAGCAGAGCCGCCGCGCACGCAUCUGGUUCCCCAUGUUCUCCUUCUUCGAGUGCAACGUUAAGGGCCCUGUUCCUAACGAGUACUGCUGGCCGUUCACUCGGCCCGCCUUCCUCAGACGCAUCAUCGGCUGAUCCUCCACAGAUACCAGGAUGUAGAGGAGGCCAAACCCUCUCGAUCAGUGCUGAAGGACUCCUCCGUCUGUGUUUUACUUCACAACAUUCAGAAGCAUAAUGUUGUACUUUUGACUGCACUAUGUUUCAUAUUAAAUAUCGCGUUACAGAUCUAGUACUUUCUUACUAUUACACAAGUAAAAGUAAUUCAAAGAUUUACUGGAGUAAAAAAAAAAUAUACUACUUUUUUUAUGUUAUUAAAACAGCAACUUUUAUUUAUGAAAUGUAGUGCUGUAAAAGUACGGAAUUGUGCUUCGGAGUGUAGUGAAGUAAGAGUUUUUCAAAGAAACUACAGAUGAUGAACUACAGAUACUAUUUCAGUUUACUUAAGUAACGUAAAAUACUUCUACUCUCCACCUCUGCUCUCGAUCAACACACACACACACAGAGACACACAGAGACACACACACACACUCUCUCUCUCUCUCUCUCUCUCUCACACACACACACACACACACACUCUCACACACACACUCUCUCACACACACAGAGAGACACACACACAAUCUCUCUCUCUCACACACACAGACACACACACACACUCUGUUUCUCUCUCUCGCUCUCUCACACACACACACACACACUCAGUCUCUGCCUCUCUCUCUUUCUCUCUCUCACACACAGACACACACACACACACUCUCUCGCUCUCUCACACAAACACACUCUCUCUCUCACACACACACACACACACACACUCUCACACACAAUCUCACACACACACACUCUGUCUCUCUCUUUCUCUCUCUCACACACACACACACGCACACACACACACAAUCUCUCUCACACACACACACACACACACACACAAUCUCUCACACAUAGACACACACACACAAUCACACACACACUCUCUCUCUCACACACUCUCUCACACAAACAGAGAGAGACACACACACACAAUCUCUCUCACACAAACACACACACUCACUCACUCACUCACUCACUCUCUCUCUCUCUCUCUCUCACACAAACACACUCUCUCUCUCUCUCUCUCUCUCUCUCUCACACACAGACACACACACACACACUCUCUCUCUCUCUCACACAAACACACUCUCUCUCUCUCUCUCUCUCUCUCUCUCACACACACACACACACACACACACACACACACACACACAUUGUGUUGAAGGGAUUUCUGUGUCCCAUAUUUCACGUCAGAGACUGAAUCUACUAAACUGGAACUAUGACGCUCUGCUCUUCCUGUGGACUGGGAUCCUCUGACAGUGUUCUGCAUGAGAUUCAGUGUUCACUCGACCUAGUUUCCUGAUAACUGUAGAUACUUGAUGUUCUAGCGUUGUAAAGAUACUGACACGAUCAACCUUUGAAGCAAUACAAACCUCUUACUGUUCCUUUCAAAGGCUCUGUGUGAAACCGUAUGGUUUUAAUAGAAUUAGGAGCGUUGCAUUGUGCUCUUAUUGCCAUCAUUGUUGCUAUUUCCAUAGUGCAGACUUUAUUUUGGCAGUAUUAGUGUCUAUAUGAGAUGACAUCAUGAAAAUACUGUGUUUAAGACUUAAAAUCGUCCCGUUUUGUAGUGAAUCUCACAAAAUGUCAUUUCACAGAUGUUUUAUCUAUAUAUGCAUAAACACGUUUGUCAUGAAACAACUUCAAUGCAAAAACAAUAUUUUAAAUUAAAAUGUAAUCAAUUGCAUUACGAUGUUCUUCUAACAAACUCAUAUUCCUUUAUUAUUAUUAUUAUUAAUAUUUUUUUGUAAUUUAUGGUAUUAUAUAAACAAUGGCAUAUAUUGAUAACCAAAAAUAAUAAUAAAUGUGUCACAAAUUAAAGGAAAUAAUAGAAAAUCAUGAAACAAUGGCAUAAUGCUAAAUAUUACAACGUUUAAUAAAACUGUAAUUAAUAUCCACACACAUGUAUUAAUUUCUUUAAAACUAAAACAGGUGAUGUUUUUUUUUUUCCUGACAGCUUUUGUGAGAUUCACCCCUUUUUUUUUUUUUUUUUUUUGUCAUGGUACGUUUUUUCCAUUUUUAAUUGUAUAUUGAAAAGCAAAUCUCGCCAAACUCUGGAAUGAAGACGAGGCGUUUUUUAGCAGCAUCAUUCCAGUUGCCAAUGACCUUUGAUAUGUGACUUAGUCUUUAUACCAACGUUUGUUUUCAUCGAUGUCUUGAUUUAUUUCAGAUGAACUGUAUAUGAUGGUCAGGAGGGUGUUACUUAGUUACUUCUUGAACGUUUACAAAAAAGUAUGCAAGUGACGUUAAACUCGUGCUGAAAGACUCUUGUCUUAUUUCUGGUGUUUCUGUGGGAAUCGGGGCUCGUUUUGAUGAGGUUUUCUGUGCUAGGUCAUUAGGAUUUUAAUUGAGUGUAUUUAUAGAUCUCUUCGAGCACAGAGGAUUGAGUGAUGGAGAUGUACAGAAUCAUAAGGAUAUUAUUGUGUAUUAAUAUAAUGCUCUGAGCUCCUCUGAACAUUUCCAUCUAGUAUGCAGUACGUUAUAGUUAAUCUGAAAAGAGCAAGAUCUAACAAAAUAGAUUAAAGAAACUAGUUUUCAUCCAGAUAAUUGAUGGUUUUCAUACGCUUCGUAACACCAUCUAACAGCAGUAGAGUGUAAUACCUGCUCCACAUCGGUAUAAUUUAAUAAUUUCAUGUUCAUUGUGCUUGAAAAUGCCAUUCAAACUCUUAUGAACUGUAUUUUUGCAGAUGUGAGUGUUUGACCAGGUUUUGGAUGCUCUGGAUUCGUUUGGAUGCUCGUCAUUUAUCUGCCAUGAUCAAUAAAAUUGACAGAUUAAACUGAAA